AACAGGAUAGCUGAGCACACCCCUGGAUUUUGUUUCUCCACUAGAAAAAAAGGGGAGAAGUAGAGUGAGGAUAACUCAGAGGUAGAGGAGAAGGUGAUGAUAUGGAAGCAUUGACCUGAAAAUUCUUCCAAAUGACACUUGCAAGCUUCUUGCAAAGAUUUUGACAAUGGGAACGCUACAAGAGCCAGGAUGGCAGAGGAGAACCCGAACCAAUAGUUGUUCGAAUUUCCAUCAUUCCAAUGUGAAAUCCUUCUCCCAGCGCAGACAGUCUGCUCCCUCUAUUAUUAUAAACAAAGCUCUUACAAAGUCAAAGUCAGUCUCCAGAGAUUGCCUAUCUAAGGUUAGUCAGAACCCUUGGACCCUGAUCCAGUCUCUGCUCAGCCCUACCAGGAAGUUCAUUACCCAAGGAAAUGUGCUGCUGCAGACGGGCCUUCAGACCCAGGAGAGAUUCCUUCUCCUCUUCACAGAUCUCCUCAUCAUUACCAAAGCCAAGUCUGUCAUGCAGGUGAAGCAGAAAGCAUGUGUGCAUGUAAGUGAGAUGUGGACGGCCAGCUGUGUUGAUGAGGUGUGUGAAGGGCAUACCGUCUAUGAGAGGAGCUUCGUCAUGGGCUGGCCAACUCACAACUGUGUGGCCACUUUUAGCACUUCAGAAGAGAAAGAGAGGUGGCUCUUUCUCAUUGAAUGUUGUAUAAAAGAAGAGAAAAAAUUUGAUGAUCCAAAGAUAAUUCCACUAAAGAUAUUUACAAAGGAUGUUGGGAAUUGUGCCUACGCAAAGACUCUUUUCAUCAGCAAUACAGAUUGUACUUCUGAUGUCAUUUGCAAAGCACUACAACAGUUUGGGCUUUCAGGUGGGAUAAAAGAUUAUCAGUUGUGGGUAUGUUCAAAAAAAGAUGAAACUCCAUACCCUUUAAUUGGUCAUGAGUUCCCUUUCAGCAUUAAGAUGAACCACAUUCGUUCACUGCAGCAAGAUCCAGUGACAGCAUUCCACAGCCGGGUGGCACUUUUGCCUAUAGAUACGCAUUGCCAGUUCUGCCUGAGGCCCAGACGAAUGAGUUGCACACUAACAGGUGAGCAGAAGAGCAAGAGGAGGAUGUCUCUUAUUAGUUGGCCUUUUAAACGAGGCUCCAGCGUUGAACAGGAUGUCCAAUCAGAACCUAAGAUUUCCCUUGGUCAUAUCACUACAUCGACUUCUGCUCAUCUCUUUGGUCGGCCACUGAAUGACGUGAUAAAUGACAAUACCCUGCCAUCACCUAUUCUGGACAUGCUGAUGUGUUUGCGCAACGAGGGGGCUGUGACGUGUGGAAUAUUCCGGCGUUCUGCUGGAGUGAAGGCUUGUCGAGAGCUGAGAGAAAAGCUUGAUUCUGGUCACCAUGAAAAGCCAUUGAAUGGACAAUCUGUAUUUGUUACCGCUGCAGUGUUUAAGGAUUUCUUACGCAAUAUACCAGGCAGCCUGCUGUGUGAUGAGCUCUAUGAGCAGUGGCUCAGAGCAAUAGAACAAGAUAGAGAGAGAAAUGAACAGAUGACGGAGAGGAACCAGCUACAGGAAGUUCAGAGGCUUGUUCAGCUGCUGCCUAAAGAGAAUCUCCUACUACUAAGACACAUCGUGGCUAUGCUGCACCACAUAGAGCUCAAUGCUGAACACAACCAGAUGACCUCUUUUAAUCUGGCUGUUUGUAUUGCACCUAGUUGUCUGUGGAAUAACAAUCUACAACCUCAGGAAAAAGAUGUCAAAAAGGUGUGUGACCUUGUGCAUUUCUUGAUUGACAACUGCUGUGCUUUGUUUGGGGAUGACGUUGUAACCCUAUUAACGGAUUUGACUGAGAACAACAGAAGCAACAAUGGAUCAGUUGGGUCCUUGCAGCAAAUGUCAGACUCAGGUUAUGACAGUCUAAAGAAUGAGGUUAAUACUGAUACAGAAGACAUUCCAAAGACCUUCCCUCUUAAAGAGAGUCGUAGUAUGGACUCACUUGUUGCACUGAGUGAUUAUGAUCUUGAAAACCCAGAUGACGACGUGGAGACAGAGUCCUCCAACCCACUGGCAGAAAUCAGGAACUUCACACCCGCUGUGCGUCAGCCCCAAUCGCAUAAAUGGCAUCGACACACUGUGCCUGACAUUGGCCAUUCUUUGAAGUCUAAUAAGCAGAAACUAAUUCUAGAAAGAGGAAAAUUCAAAGAGGCUGAGAGACCUACAAAUGAUGAAGUCAACGAUAGUGUGUUAUUGGAACACAGCUUUCAGCAACUGAUGCUCAUGUCUGGAAUGGAUGAAGUUGGUCACAGUGAGAGGGAAAAGCAAACUCCACCUCCCCUACAACAUCGAGACACCCCUUCCUCCAGUUUGUCAUCUCCAGUAACUUCACCAACUUACUCACCUGUGAGUUCAAUGGACAGCAUCUUUUCUCAGUCCAGUGAUCAUGUAAGCUCUUGCCUUAUAGAACCUAUUCAGAACUCGCCACCCAAGGGACAAUCUGACUAUCAACACCCAAUCAUUUUGCCGAAUGAGAAUGUGCGUCUAUCACCUCAUCAGAGGGACGGCAAUCCUUUUGAAGGGGAUUUACACCCUAAAGUGUCACAUUUCAAGCCCAGCAAUCCUCUUUAUCAGCAGGCCUUACUACACCUAAACAGAAAACCAUUUUUACCGACUCCUACACAAAUGCCUGUAAGAUCUACAGUGCUGCUGCAAAAUCAAAGAAGCCUUUUCUACAGGGGGCCUUUAGAAGACCAGCAAGUGCCCCUUGCUCCUCAGAAUUUCAAGUCUUUCUGCAUUGAUAGUGACACAGGUGCUGGGCAUGACCUAACGAAUGUCAAAUCCAAGACAGAAGUCAUGUUACCACAGAGUGUGUUUUAUGGACAGAGCUGUAAGUUGACAGUGCACAGGGUCAGGGGACAGAAUCUGCCUAUUUCAGCUGCAGACUCCAAGAUUCCAAGUAUCUCCUCUGUGCGGCAGUGGAGGUUUAAAGGACUUGCUUUGCACCCACCCACCAGAAAAACAGGCUGGGAUUCUUUUUCGGAUGCUUCCUCUCUCAGAAAGAAGGUGACUGAGCACCAGGCUGAAGGGAAAAGCCAUAGGCUCAAGUGUUGCAGUAACAGCCUGUGGAUUGGUGACAGAGGCGUCAAGCAAAGAUUUUCGAGCCAAGUGGAUUUUGAAUGGAUUAUUUGAUCUUCUAAAAAAAUUUUUUUUAUUUUUUAUUAUUAAAUUGAAAGAUUAUUGCAUUUAAAAAAAAUGCAUGUGGCACAAAUCUUAAUUUACAGAUGAGUCGAGUCACAAGUCCCACUAUAGGCGACGUCCCGUGGGUGCUCAGGAGCUCACGUUCACGGGAAAGGUCAAGCACCCAAAGGAAAGCGCCGUGUUAUUCUAACAAAAGCUAAUUCAUUUAAUAAACAUAUGUGCAGUUAACGUUUGCCAUCUAUGUCUGAUCUCUGUGGGAAAGUCAAUCAGUUUUUUUCAUAGUAUAAUAUAUUAAGUCAAUGUUUUUGUUUGAUCGGUCGCUGUUUGUUUCCUUUGGUGCCGAGAUGCUUUAGACAGGCUUUGCGGCGUCUUUACACGCUCUUCUUGUUUUAAGAAAGCAGCGGCUUAUUAUCUUGUUGUCUCCAUCAUUUUAGUGUGAAUCCUUUCCUUUACAGUCUUUAUAAAACUGUUAAGUUCUUUACAUUAAAUAACAAAAGGUGGUUUUUCAUGGUAGCCUCAGGUUCCCUAUUCUUUUCAACAGGAGAGAGACUACAGGUAGCAGAAUGGUUUGUGGCAGCAUCGCUUGUAAAAUUUCUUCAAGAAAACCUGCUGCAGUCUUGCACAAUUGCUUACAGCACACAACAUCCAAGAUUUUAAAAAUGUACCAGUCAAAGAUUACUUUUAUCAGCUAACAUUUAGCUUUUGUGUACCAGUAGUCAGUUACCUUAAGAACAGUCCGAAAAAUCGCUCCCUAUUCCCGAACUUUUUUUUUUUUGACAUCUUGGUUCCGGAUUCCGGAAGUAUUUUCCCCCAUUCAUUUCUUCUGAAAAAUUUCAAAACAUUCUUCAUAAAAGAGUUUAGGACAUGAAUCAAACCACCCUGCUCUGAAGUGAAUCCCAAAAAAGCAUUUGAAAUUCAACAAAAUAAAAAACAAAGGUACAAGAGUUACCGUGUACUUACAGUGUUUCAUAAGGCAUGAACAACAAACCAAAGAAGCAUUCCGAAUGACAUUUUUUUAAACUACUGAUUUUAAGGUGUUAUGUACAGAAACACUAUUUUUUAAUUUUAUUGCAAAAUAUUCCGAUAUUUAUGAAUGUAUAGUUUGAGAGUGUAGGAAGACCAUGCAAGUGGGUGGUCACUGCAGAGCUUGUUUGGCAUGCUUUAUUGGCCACUAUUCUCUGAUUGGUGGUGCUUUUUUCUUUAGGAUCAUAGGUAGAGUAUUUCAUCCCCAGGAAUUCUAUUAAACACCAUUUUUAAAGAAUGAAGAUAAAAUUGCUUCAACAGAAGCACAUCCAAUUGAUUAACCAUCUCUCAUCACCGCUCAUGCAUGUUAUAUCUGUCUUCAAAGGUUCAUAAUUUAUCGUUAAAAAUGUAUUUGCCUGUGGAAAAAAAUGAAUGGGAUUUUUACUUCCGGAACUCGACUGUUGAGCUCUAUAGUGCAUUGUGUGGGCAACCACUAGACUGAAUUCUAUUUGUGGUUAAUCUAUUUUAUGUAGCUAUAAUACAUUCAUGAAGAAAGUACAUUUUGUUAAUUUUAUGGCUGACCCUGGUGCCUCCUUAAAGUGAUAGUUCACCCAAAAAUGACAAUUCUCACAUCAUUUACUCACCCUCAUGCCAUCCUAGAUGUGCAUGACUUUCUUUAUUCUUCUGAACACCAACAAAGAUUUUUAGAAGAAUAUCUCAGCUCUGU